CGGCUGCUCUCCCUGGCAAAUUGGAGGUGGGGCAAGGGGAGAAAAAUAGUGACACGGAGAGAGGAGGGAAAGAGACGAGAGUUGUAAAGACCGAGGACGAUCGGAGGUUCUCAGAUGAGAGCAGCAGAGAGAGGAGACACAGAUGAGGAGAGAAGAGGGAAACAGAGAAAGGGAGUUAGAGCAGUGAGAGGGAGUGGGAGGAAGAAAGAGAGAGGAGAGGAGGCAGUGCAGCGCAGUGCGGGGGGGAGAGAGACAGGAAGGGAGAGAGAGAGAGAUGUAGAGACAGGAAGCCUCCACUGCCACUGAGCCAGUGAGAUGCAGGCAGGCAGAGAGAGACGACAGAGGGAGAGAGAGGCCCUCGGCAUCUCCACGGCUGGCCCAGCGAGGGGGCGACGGGCUCAAGAGCACUACAGCGGAGAGAAGAGUGGGAGGGGAAGCUGAAACUGAGGGAAAAGAAGAAGGGCGAUACAAUCAGAAGCAGGCUUCGCCAGGAAAAAGGGGAGUGGGGUGAGUGGGACUACAGCUGAGGAGGGAAAAAGCAGAUAAAAGUUUUGGAGACAGAGUAAGAGAGGGGAGAGGGAAGGGGGGGACGAGACUGAACAUCAGAGCGGAUAAAGCCCGUUAAUGGCAAAGGUAGGAGGAGAUUCGUGGAAGAAGAGGAGGAAGCUCUCGGUGUCUCAGGAGUCCUCCCGUUCCCCUUUUACUUCGUCUUCAUUCUGCCAGGCUGCCGGACAUCAUCCAUCACCAUGUUCUCUGACAGCAGGGCUCCGGCGCCUGGGGAGCAGAAAGGCUUCAAGUCCCACACCCCUCACUUCAUCCCGUGGCUGCGCAAUAGCUUGAAGCCUCACCACAGCAGUGACCUGGGGCUCAACGGACCGUACAAAUCCAACUCAGAGACCCGAAACAACCUGACCCCGCUGGAGAGAGCCAAAGGGAUCGGCUUUUUCUCCAUCCAGGGGAAGGACCGCGGAAAAAAGGCUGAACUUCGGUGCAAUGGGGUGGGGAAGGCGAGGAUGCUGCCAGUUGUGCUGAGGGGGCACCACAUCCUGCCAGGGAGUCUGGGGAAGCAGAGGGAGGACAGUCCUGCCAGGUGGAACCGGACUAAAGAGCUUGGCACAGACCCCAACGCACAGAUCAGCCCAGGGGAGGGGCCGCAGGGACCAGCCAACAGCUCCUCCGCUGCUCAGGGCAACAACACCUUUGUUAGGAACCACAGCAGCCACCUGAGCCCCCAUCAGUCGCAGAGUGACAGCAGUAGCAACUCAGUCAAGAAAUACGGGCCACUGCUUGGACCUCCUGCUGCUCCUGUUGCUGCGCUGCUCUCUGAGGAGCCAAACUUUAACGUGCCUGUUGUUAUGUGUAUGGAGGGCAAAGAGGGGAAGGUGUGGGACUACGCCAGCCACACCACCCACCGUCAGAGAGACCACCGUUCAUCCAGCUGGCUGAACUAUGACACUCAGGGACUAAUAGAGAGGCAGCAUGGAUUCAGCUCCAACUUCAGCUACACCAGUAAACACAGCAGGAGCUCCCAGAGCCAAAGAGACCUGACAGCGCUGCGGGAGCCACCUGUGGAGGAUCUAAACGGAGUUAUCUUCUCCACCGAGGUUCCUCACAGGGGGCUGAGCUGUACGACAACUCUACAAGGCCCCAAGAAACCCAGACCGAGCUCAGAGCGCACCGCUUUCCUGGCUCAGAACCAGACGUGGGCCCAGCACAGACCAAAGAGCGAAGGGGAGUCACAGAGGAAAGAGGCCAGCUGCAGGAGGAAGGUGGUGCGAAACCAAAUUAAACGGGUGGUGGUCAACCUGGAGCAGGUUCUCAAAGCCCUGAGGGAUGUUCAUCAGGAAAUGAAAGAGGUGGUGCAGCAGAUUGACCAUCUAACAUCAUCCAUUGAUCUGAAUGAGGAGGAGGAGGAGGAGCAGGGAACUGGAAGAGAAAGCACCAAACCUCCCAGCGACAGCAGCUACAGUUCAGGCUCGGGCUCCAGUGAAACAACAGUGGGCAUCACACAUCAGAGGCUGUCAGAGCCUGCAAACCAGCCAGAAAUUGUGUAUUUCUCUGGCACCCUGAGGGGAGAGCAUCAUAGCAGGAGCCAGUCUCCACCCAAUGUGCAGCUGCGCCCGCUAACCUCUGGACUUUUAUCGGAGAGGAGUCGGACUCUUCACCUCACCGGUAGUGUUGGGGCCUCACCCAAACACGGCGGGAAGCUGCCAUACUCCAGUAACCUCACGACCCACGACCACACUCACUCCCCCCAAAGAAGCCUCCCUGCUCGGCCUCCCACUCCUGGUCUUUCCCCUCUAACGGUAAACUUCCAUCUCCCCAGUAGCUCUGGUUCUCAGCCUCACUCCCCUGGGGCUACCUCCUCCAUCAGGAUCAGCCCCAUCUCACCUCCCUCUCCCCUGUCUUCAAAGGCUAACCCACCCCCUGCUCUUAGCCCGUCUGUCAUCAUCCAGACCAAAGUGGGGUCUUAUCAGACCACACAAAGCGAUCUCCCAUCUGCUGGGCCACUCUCUCCAUCGUCCAACCUGCCGCCGUCUGCCAGCUGCCCACCCACCGACUCAGAGACUGAAACCGGGUUCGCCGCUAACACGGAGAGGCGAGCAUCCUCAGCGGGACCGUCACACGUAUGCGCCGCAGCACAAGGCCACAGAGGUCGCAAGCCUCCACCUUACCCACAUCACAGACUCUCUGAAAACACAAAGAAAGUGAAGGAGCCCCGCAAAGCUCCUCCGUACCCUGAGAAAAGAAGGCUGCUCUCGACCACAGUGUGAGACAAUGCAGCAGGAGAGGGGGGCUGAUCGAAUGGAGCCAUAUUCACAGCACCAGCCACAAGUCUGCAAGAGUGGAGAGUGAUUUAAGGCUUGCCAAGCUGAGCUGAGACCAAGUUUCCAAGGUGACAAGGCACAGACGCAACUUGGGGAUCUGGAGGUGAUUAUUUCCAGACGACGCAUCGACAUCAGCGGUGACAACGAGGAAAAGGGGAAACGCUCCUGCUAAGCAUUUCCUCAGUUCCUUAGGAUCACCUCCGGACGGACGAGGGAAACCGAUCCCAGGCCAAACAAGGCAGAGAUAUAACAGGCACGUCACUCUGUCCUCCUGCUGCCGACUGAGACUGGAAACGCAAACAGCAGCCACGAUGAAGACGAGGAGGAGGAGAGCAGGGGAAGAGAGACAAAAAAGAAACAAUGAAACAGAGAGGGAAACAGGAUGAGAGGCGGCACAGAUGACAACAAUUUGUUUGGAACAGACGGGCCGGGACAGUAGGAGGACGUGACGGCAAGGUCAAGGAAAUGCUGUGCGGGGGUGGCAGGGCACGCAGCCUGAGCGGGAGGAGGAAACAUGCGCUCGCACUAAUGACAGAAAGUGUCAGGACUGUCCUUGCUGUGGGAAGGAGGCGUGUCGAGGUGCGCUCCACUUCACAGACGACCACAUCAGACAGGCAGACCUCCGUAAAGUGGCUGAGCUCAGACCGGGCGCGGACAUUAACCUUCCACGAGACAUUAAAGUGCACAGACUCGAUUCCGAGUGUGACGUCAAGAAGAAAUAAAGUUUUCGUGCUACUUUGA